UGUUCUCCUUUUUACCUACUAGUCUCCAUUUUCCUUCGACGAGCUCUCUUUUCCUCACGCUUCGUCUCGACCCCUCGCCCUCCCGAUCGAACUCGCGGAAGCCCUAGACUCAGAGGCAGGUUUCUUUGAUUUGGAUUCGUUUGAUGGGGGAUUGAAUUCAACGAAUUGAUCGAUCUAAGAGAGAGACCUUUCAGCUCUUGUUCUGGUGUUGUGAUUUUGGUUUGAGAUUCUAAACUUCGAUUUGAUAGCAGGAACUCCGAGGAUGUUUAGUAGGCUUUUAGGAAAGCCCAAAGAGCAAACCAGCGCCUUGGCAACUAUCGAGAAAUUAUAUGAGACACUUGAAAUGCUUGAGAAAAAGGAGAAAGUUCUCCUUAAGAAGUCUGAUGCUGAGAUCGAAAAGGCUAAACAAUUCACCAAAACUAAAAACAAAAGAGCUGCUAUACAAUGCUUGAAGAGGAAGAGACUUUAUGAGCAACAAAUUGAGCAGCUUGGAAACUUCCAGCUGAGAAUUCAUGAUCAGAUUAUACUAUUGGAAGGUGCAAAAGCUACGACAGAGACCGUCGAUGCAUUGAGAACAGGAGCAUCUGCAAUGAAGGCAAUGCAAAAAGCAGUUAAUAUCGACGAUGUUGACAAGACAAUGGACGAGAUCAACGAGCAGACGGAGAACAUGAAACAAAUCCAGGAAGCAUUAGCCACUCCGAUCGGCUCUGCAGCUGAUUUUGAUGAAGACGAGUUGGAAGCAGAACUGGAGGAGUUGGAGGGAGCUGAGUUGGAAGAACAGCUUCUUCAGCCAGCCGCAGCUGCUCCGGUCGCUCCGGUGCAUGCUCCUGCUGGUAGACUACCGACUCGCCCUACUCCCCAGAAAAAUACUGCCGAAGAAGAUGAACUUGCAGCAUUGCAAGUUGAGAUGGCACUGUAGUCAGCUACCAUGAAUCGUUGUGAUAUGUUCCAUGUGUAGUAGAUUAGGAUCAACUUUAACAAUGAGCGACUAAACUGAUUGUUGUACUAAUAAAGUCGAUAUUCUAUAAUUGGGAGUGCCUUGAGUUGGAGACUUUUGUUGGGUUUAUAAUGUUCAUCGUGUAUUUCUUGAA